AUGGCCUCGCCUUUGGACCAGGUGAUCAAAGGCGCUCCAACGUCCGAAGCUCGCGCCUCGCCAGGCAGGACGAACCGUCGAGCCUCAGAUGCGCGCCCCUCAACGCCAGACCCGUUAGCAAAUAUUCCCUCCUCCCCGCCUCAGAUCUAUCUCAACCUGUUGAUCCUCGAAACUUCCUUGAGGGCUCAGUACCUUGCACUCCGCGAACGCCGCCGCCAAAACACCUUCUUCCUCCUCCUUCUAGCCGCUUGGCUCGCCUACUUUGUAUACGCGCUAUUCCUCCGCCCGCGCGAGGAUGGUCGCGGCGUCGGCGGUUCCGUAUAUUGGGUUGUUGAGAUGGGAGAAAAAGUUGCUCUGCUCGGUGGAGUGGUGACAGCCCUCCUGGUCUGGGGAACGGGUCAAUGGGAACGAGGCAUUCGCUGGCCACGCCGUUGGCUCGCGGUCUCCAAUCGUGGUCUGCGAACGAUGAACACGAAAAUAAUCAUCAUCCGCGGACCCUUUUGGCAGGAGUUACUCUCCUACCUCUCAUUCUUGUUCCCAUUCUACAUUCCGUUCUUCCCCUCUCCGAAUGGCAACUAUCAGUUCGUCGAGCAGGACAAGCGCUCUGGCAGUCGGCAGCACUACCAGUACUACAACGGCGACAGCGAGUCCGGACUUGUCGAAGAGGACCUAAGUGCCGGCGGCGACUACAUCCGGCUUCUCCUCCUACCAAAGUCCUUCUCCCCGGAGUUCCGUGAGAACUGGGACAAUUACCGCACCGAUUUCUGGGAGAAGGAAAAUGAGCGCCGAGCUCAACUCCGCAUCAAGCUCCGCGAACGAGAGAAACAGCUCGCCCAAACAGAAGGUUGGCUCGGUCGAAUUGGACUGGGUUGGCGCGCAUCCCAACGUCGCCGUCUAGUUGCCGCGACUCUCCACCGUCCCAUCGAGCCAGAGUUCAAACAGCGUCUUGCACACGGACACCACCCUUCCAUUUCUAAAGAACGCGCCCCGUCACGCCGCCAUACACGAUCAGACUCCCAUUCCCGGACGUCCUCCCGCAGUACCACGCCCGUGGAUCUCGAUGACCGGCCGCCUUCGCGCUCGUCAACUUCCAGUAGGCCUCGGCGCGGAAGUACGGCCUCCGGGCAGGAGACACCCCAGCAGCGGAAACGGAAAGGGUCGACUUUGAGGCGAGGAUUGUCGCCUCUUACACAGGCGCAGAUCCGGGAGGGGGUGCGCACGCCUUCAUUCUCAUCUGAUGAUUCCAUUUUGCCUGUGGGGAUCAAUGAGCAUGAUGAGCAGAGUCUGCCUUCUGUUCCGCAAAUGUAA